AGCCUUCAUCCCCCCACGUGAUCUGUGGCUCUGGGUGGGCACCGAGCGGGAAGGGAGAAGGGCCGCGGGUGGCAGCAGCGCGGGGACGGCCAGGCGGGCACAGGAUGUCCCUGUCCGCCCUGCCCUCGGCCAGCAGCUCCGCCGUGCUGGCGUCGUCUCGCGCCCUGCGUGCGCUGGUGCAGCUGGCGGAGGCGCUGGGGAAGCCGGAGGCGCUGGCGGCGGAGGUGGCGAAGGCGCAGGAGGCGGCGGCGGAGGCGGAGGCGGCCCUGGAAGGUUUGGAGGCGGCGCUGGCGGCGGCUCUGAGCCACUCGGCCCAGCUGCCCGCCGCGCGGGGCCUGGAGGCCCAAGGGAUUUACCGGGCGCUGCGGGACAUGGCGGCCGCCCACGCGCGGGAGUUGGAGCGGGAGGUGGGCCGCAACCUGCGGCGCCGGCGGCUGCUGGGGGUCCUGCGGAACGUCGCCGUGGGGCUGCUGCUCCUCUGCGCCCCGCUGCUGUCCCUGGACGUGGUGCGGGAGGCGCUGGGGGUGACGCAGGAGAGCCACGUGGUGCCGUGCCUGGCCACCGUCACCGCCGUGUGCCAGGUGGCCCUGUGGAGCGCCGAGAGGUCCGAGGGCCAUUUGGUGGAGGCGGCGGAGCAGCAGCGCCGGCAGGCGGUCCGGUACGGCCGCAUGGCUCAGAACGCCGCCAACGCCGCCGCCGAAGCCACCGAAGCCGCCGGAGCCAUCGGCGCCGCCAACGCCGUCCGCGAGACCCUGGAGGAGGUGAGCAACCAGCUGAGGCUCCUGGCCAACGCCGUCGCCCGAGACGUGGAGGCGGCCCACGGCUUCACCGGCAGCGCACGAGCGCUCGGCAACGCCGUGACGGCACUGGGGGCGGUGCUGAAGGACGAGGAGGGGACGCAGAGGUUGGCCAGGGCGCUGCAGGGGCUGAGCGGGGAGGAGUAGGGGGUGCUGGGGGGGGGGGGCUGUGUCCUGGGGGGCAACAUCAUGGCACUUAGGGGGACACCAGGAGGGUCUUCUGUGUCCUGGGGGGCAACAUCAUGGCUCACAGGGGACAUUUGGAGGGUCUUCCAUGUCCUGCAUGCAACAUCAUGGCUCACAGGGGGACAGAAGGAGGGUCCUCCAUGUCCUGGGGUAACAUCAUGGCACUUAGGGGGGCAUCAGGAGGGUCUUCCAUGUCCUGGGGUAACAUCAUGGCACUUAGGCGGGCAUCAGGAGGGUCUUCUGUGUCCUGGGGGGCAACAUCAUGGCACUUAGGGGGACAUUGGGAGGGUCUGCCAUGUCUCAAGGGCAACAUCGUGGCACUUAGGGGACACCAGGAGGGUCCUCCAUGUCUCAAGGGCACCAUCAUGGCUCACAGCGGGACAUCAGGAGGGUCCUCCAUGUCCUGGGGCAACAUCACGGCACUUAGGGGACAUUGGAAGGGUCUGCCAUGUCCUUGGGGCAAUAUUAUGGUGCACAGGGGGACUUUAAGAGGGUCCUCCGUGUCCUUGGGGCAACAUCAUGUCCCAUUUGGGGACACAGAGUGGGUCUUCCCCAACUUAGGGACAGCCUGAUGUCCCCAUGUCCCAUCUGGGGAUCCCAGGAGGGUCCUCCAUGUCCUGGGGAUGUCAUGUCCCAUCUGGGGACACCAGGGGGGGUCUUCCAUGUCCUGGGGACGGCCUGAUGUCCCAUAUGGGGACACAGAGUGGGUCCUCCCCACCUUAGGGACAGCCUGAAGUCUCCAGGUUCCUUCUGGGGACACUGGGAGAUUCUUUCCUGUCCUGGGCACAAAUGGGGACACAGAGUGGGUUCUUCCUGCCCUGGGGACAACCCCACGUCCCUUAUGGGGACACUGGGAGGGUCCUUCAUGUCCUGGGGACACCCUGAUGUCCCAUAUGGGGACACAAGGAAGGUCCUCUCCACAUUAGGGACAGCCUGAUGUCCCCAUGUCCCAUCUGGGGACCCCAGGAGGAUCCUCCAUGUCCUGGGGAUGCUCUGAUGCCCCAUAUGGGGACACAAGGAGGGUCCUCUCCACAUUAGGGACAGCCUGAUGCCCCCAUGUCCCAUCUGGGGACACCAGGGGGGUCCUUUAUGUCCUGGGGACACCCCAAUGUCCCAUAUAGGGACACAGAGUGGGUCCUCCCCAUCUUAGGGACAGCCCGAUGCCCCCAUGUCCCACCUGGGGACCCCAGGGGGGCCCUUUGUGUCUGGGGACACCCCCACGUCCCACCUGGGUCACCUGCA